AUGCUGAUCAUGUUGACAUCUGCAGCUGCUGGGAGUUCAGCCACAACUCAGUGGCUUCCAUCAUCCCAUCAAUCAGAUUUUGUAGCCAUGGCAGACGCCUAUGCACAGGCAGUCUCUUCCCUGCGUGAACAAGCAGAGAGGGCGACGGAUUCACUGAUGAAAAAUGGCCCACGCCUGUUGAUUAUGGGCGGAAGUGGAGUGGGCAAAAGCAGUGUGGUGAAUGCUUGCUUCGGGCGGCACGUGGCAAACGUCAGUCACUCGAUUCCCUGUACGUCAUCCAUCAGCCAUUUUCCACCCACGGAGCGGUGCCCCAUCCACUUGUAUGACACCAAAGGAUUUGAAACUCAGAGCAACAACGAGGACAUUCUGAGGGAUCUCCGUCAGCUACUGCAAGAACGCCGAGACGCCAGUGCCAGUAAAUCCUCACUGGAAGAGCGGAUGGCCGAACGGCUUCAUGCAGUGUGGUGGGUGGUGGAUUUCCGUUUGGAGGUGGUGCUCUUCAACACAGUCGCCAAGCUUUUUGAAGAUGAUGAGGUGCCAAUCUUCAUCAUUUUGAACAAGUGCGACCGAGCAAAGGCUGAGGUGGAAGAAUGCUUGAAGGCUACUUCGGAUCGGUGCACUGGGGCAACAGCUGUGAUCCCAGUGGUUGCUGCAGCAAAGCAUGGUCCAAUGUUGAAACUCUGCGAGGCUUGUGACAGUGAAGAGAUUCUCAUCAUGUGCAACGCACGAAAGUCCUUCUAUGUUUGUCAAAAUUCUGACUGCCAACAGUGUGAUCAACAGCAAAAAGUAAAACCGGCCUACGGCAUCGAGAAACUGUUUGAAGAGACGACGGCACGCUUGCCAGUAUUGGUCGCCAAGUCUUUUCGCCAAGCUGAACUGGAGUGUUUCCAUGACCUGCAGCACAAAGCUCACGCAAUCAUUGCUGGAUUCGCAAGCGUCGCAGCUGCUGCUGGAGCAACACCAGUGCCAUUCAGCGACUUUUUCCUCCUGACAGGCAUUCAAGUGGCCAUGUUUACGAGUCUUGCAAAACUCUUUGAAGUUCAGGUUUGUCCCCGGACAGCAGGUCAACUGAUCGGAAGCUUCGGUGGCAUGGGCGCAAUCGGUGUUGGUGGCAGGUUGCUGGGAUCCCUGAUGAAACUGAUCCCCGGCUUUGGAUCGGCGUUCGGUGGCGUUUGCAAUGCCGGCCUCGCUUCGUCCUUGACCGGUGCCAUGGGUUUCCUAUUCAAGGAGAUGUUCAAACGGAUUCGCUCCAAGGCCCUCUUUGGUGAGAUGACCUUUGAUGACUUUUGUCAGGUGAUGAAUGUGCAGGAGCAGAAGGAAUUCUUCAUGGCAAAGUUCUUGGGGCUUCAGAGGGAGCCUCUCCAACAAGUACAUCUACAGAGGAGCCUCGUGGAACAGGUGGCAGCAGAAGGAGCUGAGACUGACCUCUUCAAGCACGUGGAAGCGAUUUCCGUUGCCAGUGCCGGUGGAUGGUUCAUUGGUCAGCUGGCUUUCUCUCCACAUUUUCUGAAUUUGAUCCAAACCAUGGGAAACGAGCCCCACAAAGCUGGUGAGCUGUACCAAAAAGAGUGGGUUUGGAAAUUUCUGGUGUCCUUGGCGGUCGGCCGACGACCGGCCAAGCGAAGCGCCGAUGAGAUCGAGCGAGCGCAGGCCGAGAUCGAAGCGUUGAGGGCUGACAAGAGCCUCUGGGGUGUGGACGAAGAUUUCGUGGAACUCUUGGUGGAGUUCUACUGGGUGACCAGCGAUGGCGAGGACCGAACCUGGGAGGAGCUGAUCGGGGAUCUGAUGGCAGCAACUGCAGGAGGUGAAAUCACCGGAGCAACGACUCUGGGCUCACCUGUGAAUACCUGGGCAGAAGGCAAGAACUUCUUGAUCGGAACGAGCAUCACCACGCCCGGAGACACUGGCCCAGGGUCGUGUAACGAUCGUGAUGCGUCUGGAUGGUUCUGUGUUGGGCCGCGUGUCCCUCAGGCCCUGAUCUACCGAAACUACUCUGCCUUCGUAGCCUACAGUAGCAGGGCUGAAGGCGUCGAUGCUCUGCCUAUCGCAGUUUGGAGCCCUGCGCGCUUCAGCGUGAAAAUGGGCAGUGGCCCAAACCAGCCACCGCCAAUGUCAUUCUGCCAUAGUUGCGAUGGAUUGGAAGUGACCUACAAGAGCACCGUGGAUCCCCGUGGAGCUUCAAGGAUGGUGGAUAGUUUCCACUACAACAGCAACACUCCGUUGGUGGGCGCGGUGGCGGCUGGCUCGGCGUUCUUGGGUGAGCUGGUGGUGCUGCCUUUUUUCGAUGCCCAGUAUUUUAAGUUGGCGGCUGAGAAGAUUGCUGAUCUGGUGGAGAAGAUUCCCUUCGUGGGCGGCCGCUUCAGAAACUGGCUGGAAACCAAACCCUUCGAUGCCUUGAUGACUCAGUUUCCAGUAUGGGGCUUGACCGCGAGCAAUGUCUCGACAAGCUUUCAAGAAGGGGCCUCCUUGGUUCGACAUUUGGCUGAGACCGGAGGGAAGCUGAGUGAGCAAGCAUUUGAAAGCCUUGCUCAGCGACGGUUGUUGGCAUUCGCUGAUGGUGGCUUGGUGGACAACAGCGCCAUUGGCAAUGCAGUGGCCACAGGCGCCAAUGACAUUCUCCACAUUACGUACAGUGGAUUGGAUAACUUGGAGCGAUUGCUGGCCAAAGUGAGGACAGACAAACAGAUCCUGAAUCUGCUGCACCUGAAUUUUUGCCCCUUCUGCUACGCGAACUUUCAGGUGUUUGCAGAGGAUGUUCCGACCGUGCGGGCCAUGUACCCCACGCAAUUGAAGUUCCUCCACGUGCACCACAGCUCGCAACUGAAGUCCCUGCAGAUUGGCACGUUGAAGCUGACCACGGUGGAUUGCCGGUAUUUUGGCAUUGAAGCUGGUCGAAGCAUCAACGUGCACGUCAUCAGCGUGUCGAGUCGGUCAGGGAUUGGAGGAAUCGGCUAUCAGACUUACAACACCUUGGUCCAAGAAAUCGUCGAUGCAUUUCGUGAUCCAAUGAACAAUCAGCUCUCCAGCGAGGUUUUGGGUUGGCUGAUGUGA